AUGGGUUUUCAAUUUCCAAAGUGGCUGAAAACUCAAAACAAUCUCUCCCAUAUUGAUAUUUCCAAUUCAGGGAUUUCACAGUCUAUUCCCACUUGGUUUAAGAAUUUCUCUACUCAUUUAUCUCUUGUGAAUAUUUCCAACAACCAGAUCAAUGGACCUAUAGCCAUAAAUGAUUAUUCCGCAACAAGAGUACUUGAAAUUGUUGAUUUGAGCUCAAAUCAUUUUUAUGGUUCAGUACCAAAUUCUUUAUUCAAAGUGGGAGCAUUAUUUCUUUCAAAGAAUAACUUUUCAAGUCUAAGUUAUAUAUGUAAUGUUAGUGAUGAGUAUUACUUGAGAAUUUUAGAUAUCUCUGAUAAUCAAUUGACUGGAGAGCUUCCAAAUUGUUUUUUGAAACUCAAAGAUUUAAGGGCUCUCAUUUUGUCAAACAAUAAGUUAUCAGGAGAAAUUCCUGGUUUUAUUGGCCAGUUGCUAUCUCUAGCAGUUCUUAAUUUGUCAAGAAACCUCUUGUCUGGAAAAAUACCAACAAGACCUCAACUCCAAGAGCGAGAUGAAGCCUCAUACAUUGGAAAUCCUGAACUCUGUGGAUCUCCACUUCUUAAAAAAUGUCCAGAACACAGCAAACCAACUACCCCAAAAUCUAAGACUAGACAAGUACUAGUGAUGGUUAUCGAUAUCGUAGUGGCCUUGGCAUCCCCAAUUGGCUUCUUCUUGAUCAUUUUAUUUAAAAAGGCCAAAAAGCGUCUAUGUAAAACUAGACAAGUCCAACAAGCCAACGAAGCUUCAAAAAAUGGUGAUAUUUUGUCAAUAUGGAAUUACGAUGGGAAAAUUGCAUUUGAAGAUAUCAUAAAAGCAACGGAAGAUUUCGACAUUAGAUAUUGCAUUGGAACAGGUGGUUAUGGUAGUGUAUACAGAGCACAACUACCUAGUGGCAAAAUAGUUGCCUUGAAGAAGCUUCACAAUUCAGAGGCAGAAAAGUUAUCAUUCAGAAAGAGUUUUGAGAAUGAGGUGGAAACGUUGACUAAAAUUCGUCACAGAAAUAUCAUAAGACUGUAUGGAUUCUGUUUGAGCAAACAAAGCAUGUUUUUGAUUUAUGAGUACAUGGAAAGAGGAAGCUUGUUCUGUGUUCUAAGCAAUGAUUUAGAAGUUGUUGAAUUAGAUUGGUGUAAGAGAAUCAAUAUCAUCAUCAAAGGCAUAGCUUGUGCAUUGUCUUACAUGCAUUAUGAUUGCACUCCUCCAAUUGUUCAUCGUGAUAUAACUACCACCAACAUCUUGUUAAACUCAGAAUUUGAGGCCUUUGUCUCCGAUUAUGGAACAGCUAGAUUACUUGAUCCAGAUUCUUCCAAUCAAACCAUGAUUGCUGGUACAUAUGGCUAUAUUGCUCCAGAAUUCGCUUACACAAUGGUGAUAACGGAGAAAUGUGAUGUUUAUAGCUUUGGUGUAGUGGUGCUAGAAACAUUAAUGGGUAAGCAUUCGGGAGAUCUUUUAUCCAAAUUAAUGUCAUCUUCUUCAUCAUCAUCUAUUCAACACACUUUAUUGAGUCAAAUAAUAGACAAUCGCCCCUCACCACCAAGAAAUAGACUUAUCGAAGAUGAUAUUGUUCUUAUUGCUAUGCUAGGGUUUGCAUGUCUAAAUGCCAAACCAAAUUGUCGACCAACAAUGAAGUUGGUUUCUCACCAACUUCUUGCUCCUAAAACAUCGUUAGCCAAACGUUUUAGUGAUGUUUCACUUGGACAACUAAUGUUCCCAACAGAAAUCUCACUCAAUGUUCAAAAUUAUGACAUCCAUUCAAUUCAAGAAAUCCAAUGAUCGAUUCUACUCUUCAAUUUG